AUGGGUAGUCAAGACAACGAAAUGUGGAUCUCACAUAUCACACAUGGGAAAUCAUCGUUCAAUAGCAACUUGGAUUAUAAAGUGUACCGCAAUGUCAAAGAUUAUGGGUGUAUUGGUGAUGGCGAAGCAGAUGAUACAGCAUGCAUCAAUCAAGCGAUACAAGAUGGCCAAAGAUGCGGAGGGAAUUGCGGAUCUUCAACAUUAACACCUGCACUGGUUUAUUUCCCCUCGGGUCGUUACAAAAUCUCGAGCCCGAUCAUCAUGUAUUAUUUUACACAAUUGGUUGGGAAUGCAUUGAAUCCACCUACUUUAGUGGCUGCUAAUUCGUUUCAAGGCAUGGCUAUGGUGGAUUCUGAUCCUUACCUUGCCGAUGGUAGUCAAUGGUAUAUCAAUCAAAAUAACUUUUUCAGACAGAUCAGAAACUUUGUCUUUGACUUGACUGGCACUCCUGUACAGGCACAUACUACUGGACUUCAUUGGCAAGUUGCUCAGGCCACUUCAUUAAUUAACCUCCGUUUCAUCAUGUCCAUGGAUCCAACAACUAAUCAUCAAGGUAUUUGGAUGGAUAAUGGCUCUGGUGGUUUUAUGUCUGAUUUAGUAUUUGAAGGUGGCAAAUUCGGUAUGUGGGUCGGUAAUCAGCAAUUUUUGUCUCGUGGUCUGACUUUCCAUCAUUGUCAGACUGCUAUUUAUAUGAACUGGAAUUGGCAAUGGACUUUUCAAAAACUAUCUAUCAACAAUUGCAAUACAGGGAUUGAUAUGACUUCUGCUGGCAAAAACACUAUCUCUAAUGUCGGCAGCAUCUUAGUGUUGGAUGGCGAAUUCAACAAUACAACCACGGGUAUCAAACUCACAAGUACACUUCCUACACACUCUGAUACAUCCGCCACUCUUUUAUUGGACAAUGUCAAAACAACCAACGUUGAUACUAUGAUUGCAAACGGUCAUGGAAAGGUUAUCCUUGCUGGUGGUAAUACUGUUAUUCGUUCUUGGGGAAGUGGAUCUAUUUAUACAGAUACUGGUGGCCAAGGUAUUUUACAACGCGGAAACUUACCCAAUGCUCCUAUCAAGUCACCCAGUCUACUUUCUAAUGAUGGUACCUUUCAUGUACAAUCUCGACCACAAUAUGAACAAUAUGAUGUAUCCUCCUUUGUCUCUGUUAUUGAUGGUGGUGCCAAAGGAGACGGUAUAACAGAUGACACGGAAGCCAUUCAAAAGGUGAUCAAUGACAAUGCAGGUUGUAAAAUUGUAUUCUUCCCUGCCGGUACUUAUAUUAUCAGCAAAACCAUUACAGUACCAGCUGGAUCAAGACUAACGGGUGAGCUUUGGUCGGUUCUGAUGGCUAAAGGACAAGUAUUCCAAGAUAUGGAUAAACCAGUGGCGAUGAUCAAAGUUGGCAAUCAAGGUGAUCAAGGUAUAGUGGAAAUGAGUGAUCUGAUCUUUUCAUCAUCUGGUGCACAACCUGGUGCUGUACUUUUGGAAUGGAAUAUGCGGGAUGAACCUUCAGCUUUAGGCUCCAGUGGACUUUGGGAUACACAUUUCCGUGUGGGUGGUACGAUAGGAUCCGAUCUUCAAUAUCAACAGUGUCCAAAGAAGAAAGGUGCUAUUGCUGACAACAAUAUGGACAACAUUGCAUGUGCAGGUGUACAUACUUUAUUACGAUUAACUUCUUCCUCUUCAGCUUAUCUUGAAAAUGUAUGGGCAUGGACAGCGGAUCAUGAUCUUGAUGAUGGUGAAAAACAACGACAAGUCUCCAUUUAUACUGGCCGUGGUAUUUUAAUUGAAUCAACAGAAGGUCCUGUUUGGCUCUAUGGUGUACAAUCUGAACAUAACACACUCUAUCAAUAUCAAAUUUCGCAUGCCAAGAAUGUAUUGAUGUCUAUGAUCCAAUCGGAAACUCCUUACUGGCAACCUGUCCCUGCUGCUCCUUUCCCUUUCCAACAAGUUUCCGCUGGUGAUGUACAAAAUACAUGGAAUGAUCCAACAUUUGAACAUUGUAGGACUUUUGAUAGUAACAACAGCAACAACAACAAUAGCUCAAUACAACCACCGAAUCGAUGUGCAAUGGCUUGGGGUUUACGAUCUCUUGCUUCAUCCAAUGUAUAUAUCUAUGGUGCAGGGCUCUAUAACUUUUUCUACGACUAUAAUCAAUCUUGUUUGGAUACCGAAGAUUGUCAAGAAUCAUUGGUGGAUAUGGAAAAGAAUCAUGGACUCUAUUUAUACAAUCUCAACACAAAAGCAAAUAUCAACAUGGUAGUAGGCGACAAUACUCAAGUUUGGGCAAGACAAGCGGAUAAUGUGAAUGGAUUUUGUCAAACUAUCAACGCGUUCCUUUCUGAAGCAUGA